GUUGCUUGGUUUGAGUGCACAACAACUAUUGAUGUUGUCAUGCACGAUUCUGGGUGGUAUUAUAUAGGCUGCGCUAUGUGCCAUACUAAGGCAACCAAAAGGCCUACAACGCUUAUGUACAUGUCGAAGAUCUCUGUUUAUGACAACAUUGAUCAACCGUAUUUGUUCUCCUCUGUGAUGCUGGAAAAUGAGAGUGUAGAAGAUGAUCACAUAGUCCCAGUGCCUCAGGCUCUGAUUGCCACCAUUAGACAGACACAAAAGUUCAUUGUGAAGGUGUCAAAUCAUAAUUUGACUGGCAAGACCCAGACUUUAAAUAACGAAGCAUUUGAUCAACACUUUUAUAAUCCCGUUUGA